AUGCCGGCGUCGGAAGCGCAGAGUCAGGGAGCCGCCGAGAGGGACGGAGCUAGCAGUGACCGCGUGGCGUCCACCAUCGCGACAUCCCUCCUGUCUCUCGCCGCUCCCAAGCCCCUCGUUUCGUUCCUCCGCUCGCCGCUCCACGCCGCGCUGCUGUGCCUCCCCGUCAUCGUGUUUCUCCUCCUUCUCGUGCGACAGCCCGUCGCCGUGGAGCACAUCGCGAUCCACUCGGUCGAGGAGCAAUAUCGAUUGGAGUCGCAGGGAGAGCAGAAGGGAUCCCCAGCGUCGCAAGAUUCGCCAGCGUCGCACGAGCAGCUUCAGCGACGAGUUGACGAACUGCUGGCCUCAUGGGCUGCUCAGCUCGCGAGGUCGUCGCCGACCGUCCCAGAUCCAGUCGCAAGCGACACGGAAGGCUCCAGACAGCUCGUCGCGUCACCUCCGCCCGGAAUUGCAGCAUCACCAGCAGCGCUGGUUUCGGCGCCGCAUUUGGCGGACUGCACGGCCAAUGCGCGCGUGCACGCGGAGGAGCAUUGGGCCAGCCGCCCCGCCGAUGGCUCCGAACCGCCCUGGGCCGCCCUCCGACGCUAUGCGGGCGCGGGCGAGGGGGAGGGGGCGGAGGAGGGGGUCGGGGAGAGGGAGGGGGAGGGGAGUGGGGACGCGGAAAAAGGGGGAGAAGGUGAAGGGGGCAAGAGGGAGAGUGAGAUAGGCGGGAGCAGCGCAUGGGCAGUGCGGAGAGAGGAGGAUGUGGCGGAGCGGAGAGGAGAGGCGCGCGGGGAUGUGGCGGUGGUGGAAGGGCCGUUUCCGCCGUGGGUGGAGGGUGCAGACGCGGACAACUACCCACUCACCCGCCUUGUGCAGCGCGACCUCUGGCGCCACCAGUUCCUGCUGGCGCCAGUAGAGGGCAGCGCGCGGCAUGGGCUGGGAACGCAGAUGACGCUGCUGGCGGGCGCGCUGGCGCUGGCCGUGCGCAGCAGGAGGGUGCUGGUCAUUGCUCAUGCGGGGGCGAGGGGCAGGGGGCGCGGGGGCGUGGGGCUGCUGGGGGGCUUUGAGCGCGCGGAGCACGAGGGGUGUGAGCGCGAGGGCAUGCGCGGCGAGUGGCGCUGCUACUUCCUUGCAGAGACGUCCGACGAGUGCAGGCG